AUGACUAUCAACAUCUUUGCUGAACUGGAACAAUUUAAGAGAUGUAAGAUAAUUACACACUUAGAUCCUGCACAAGAUUAUCUCUUGUACCGCACUCCCCGCACGGUUCCGACUCUACUGGGAAAGAAGGUAACAGGUGACCCCACACCGCGCCCAUGCGACACCUCGUCUCACACACUUGAUGGUGACAGCGUUAUGAAAUGGUUUGAGAGCAGUGCCACAACGUUUACCUCACGUGCUCCAUCACCGCGGCAAUGCGCACUACCCGCACAAAAAACGCCGCUGAAUUUAAUCCCUUCAUGUGAUGAUGAUUUCGAGGCCACAAAAUCAGUAGACGCGGGAGACGGUUUGGCCAAGACUGUCAUUUAUCUUCCCAUGGCGUCUUCGGAUCAACCCACUCCACAGUUAUUGUCCCCAACUCCUGCAGCUCCGGAGUUAAGCUGCAGUGAAUGGUUCCUUCCGGGUGAAAGCGCCGAGUGUAUUUUAAUGUCCCCCUACUCGCAGCACUUGCCUCUUACAAAGAUUGCUUCCCGCGCUGCUGCGGCCACUCGGGAAACAGCGUCUCCAACAAUAGUUGUGGAACAUGUAGAGGUUCCUUCUACCUCUAGGGAAGAACAACCGCCAUCGCCUGAUUUGGCAGUACGUGUCGAAAGAACUCCUAGGGUCACUGAGACAGCGGCAAAAAAAACUCCACGAAACUGUGGCGCAGGAAACGGGAUUACAGGAACGACCGAUACACUCCGUCCACCUGUCGUUGCAACAAGAAUGACACAUCGAAGACCUGAGGCAUGCGUUACGCCUACCACAGUCAAAGGUAAUAAUAUCCCCGCGAGCCCUGUGGGUGACGAUGACGUGGUGGUUGAACUUGUGGUGGAUGAGGAUGUCCCUCAUAUUCAUGAUGCGAAGGUUGUGCAAACAUCAGCCGUUGUCACACCACGAGUUCCCAAACCAUCAGCCAUAAGUACCCUAAAGAGCUGUGGGAUGGAAGCAAGCCUUUCGGUAACAAAUGGUUUAGUCCCACUUAAGGUUCCUGCAGUGACAUCAAGAAGAAGCCUUAGUCGAAAACCUGGAGCAAUGGGGGGUUUUGCGACGGCAAGCACGACACCUCGAAUCCCUAUAGUUACAAUUAUGGGGUCUACACGCAGCGCAAAUGCAGCGUCUGGGCGGGUUACGUCGAGGGGUACUCCUCGAACUCCCGCAUCAUCGCUUAGGAGGACCUCGCGAACUACUGAAGAGGCAAGUGGGCGUGUGGUCGCCGAAAGGGUUGUGAGGUGGAGGCGUCUUUCGGAGAGUGGUUCAUGUUUAUUAGAUAGCCCAUCCUCUCCUACUGCUAGUGAGUUUUUUUCACGUCGGACCGGAAUAACACCCAUUAUUAAGAUGACGGGUGCCUCUUCGAGGGCUUCCCCUCAACCAUCAGUUGUGCCGACAGCGAGAUCGACGGCUGUCGCUGCGGAUGGUUCGCAGAAUUCGUUAGAGGAAGCACCCACCGCGCAAUCGCCAUCAUCACCAGCGGCCGCUUCAGACCGUCUAUCGAUAACGCCUACUGCCGAUGCGUCACUCGUCACCCCUGAAAAGUGGACAUGCCCGGCACUUCCGACUACCGUCGAGCGAUCUCUGGUCACGAACAAAAUAUCGCUUCGCUCCUCAGUUGCACCGACCGUUCACUCACACCCUGUAACUGAGAAGGCGUCACGGUGUUCGUCAGUUGCGGAUUCUACUGAACUGUGCCCAACGACCGCACGUGGUCCGCACCAAUCGAUAGCUUUGCAUUCAAGUCGGUCGUUACCCAUGUUUAGUGAAGUUCCAGCCAAUUCACCGAACAUUUCUACCGCUUGCGCGUCGUCACCGAUGUCUAAUCGGGUACCCUUUUUUCUGGAUACGGAACCCGCUGCGGAGGUUCCUGUUGCGGUUACACAAACGGCGCGACGUCGGUCUCCGAUAGCAACAUCCGAACCGUUUCCCGCAACCUCGGAGGAGCAUUCACCCUUUUCAAGUGCACCAUUUGGUAGUCGACGACGGGGUGUUAUAGUGGUAUCACGCCCACCAUCAGUUGCACAUACGGCAGCCGAGUCACAUACGGCAGCCGAGUCUGAAGUAACCGAUAGAACAGCGCGUCGUUCCUUAACGUCUGUGCGUUCCUUCGAGUCGUGUGCGUCCCCGCAGCAAACUGUUGGGGAAGCGGUCCCCUCCUCAGUGUUGAUUGGCCUUCCGCGGCAGAGAGAGAAAACGAAAUGCUGCCAUGUUAUGUAA